AUGAGGACGCUCAUCAUUUUUGUUUGCCUUUUGGCCUUUUGCUUUGCAAGGCAGCCGACGAAAAAUGUAGAUACCGUUAGGGACCAAUUUGUGGACACCAACAUAGAACAUGUGGUAAACCAUAUCAACAAGGAACAGUUAGCCAGCUACUUCUACCAGGCCUAUAGUAAAUUUUUCAAGCGUGGCGAUAUUGCUUUGGAUGGCUUUGCCAAGUGGUUUUCUGCAGCGGCUAAAGAAGAAAAUGAUCAUGCCGAGAAACUGAUGAAUUACCUCAAUAUGAGAGGAGGAGAGGUUGACCUCAAUACCAUUACACUUCAAGAUGUGUGCGACACAGUGUCAACAAAGCUGGCGGAUUUUCCACAAUUCAACAGACAGGAAGCCUGUAUUUGCAACUUUAUGUCGAGAGAAAAAAGUCAUUCAGAUGCGACAUGUUCGAAGGAUCACAGUACGUGGUUUUCGGGGCUCCAAGCUAUGCAAGACUCCUUAGUGCUUGAAAGAUAUGUCAACGAUCAACUUCUUGAUCUCCACAAAAAUACAUCAAGCGACCCUCACCUGAGUCACAUGUUGGAGCACGAUUUCCUUGAUGAACAGAUUGAUUCCAUUAAAACAUAUGGCGACUACAUCACGAUCCUUACUCGUGUGGGAGCAGGUAUUGGCGAAUAUGAGUUCGACAAAAGUCUUCAAUGA